AUUGAUCAUUCAGGCAUGGGAUUUGAGGUACAUCUGUAACGGUAGUGUAAAACAUUUCUUGGUUUAGUUGGGUUUUAUUUACUGAUUUUAUUUGCUUUUAUCAAUAAUGGGUGUGUAUCUAUCGAAGCCCGUUAAAGAAAAAAUAUCUAGCAACCAUGAAAAUAAUUUUCUGAAGUGUGGUGCGAGUUCAAUGCAAGGAUGGCGUGUGUCACAGGAGGAUGCCCAUAACUGUUGCUUGGAAUUUGAUUCUGAUGUUUCAUUGUUUGCUGUGUAUGAUGGACAUGGUGGUGCUGAAGUUGCAGAAUAUGCAUCAAAACAAUUGCCAAAUAAAAUUAAAGAGACUGAGGCUUACAAGAAAGGUGAUUUUGAAAAUGCUUUAAAGAAUGCAUUUAUAGAAUUUGAUGCCACAUUAGUAACUGAACCCGUUCUGGAAGAAUUGAAGACCAUCGCUGGUUCAAAAUCUAAAUCAACUGAUCAAAACUCAGAAACUGAAGAUGAAACUGAGGAAGAUGAUGUUCAAGGCCUGCGAGAAGAAGCAAGAAUGCCUCUGGCUGAUGUUAUUGCCAAGUAUGCAAAUGGUACUUUACCUAAGACUCCUGCUCUGCGAAGAAUUCGUGGGGAGUCUUCAAAGUCACCAUUUCUUCGAGCUAGGCCAUCUUCAUCUGGCAGUUCUGCAGAUUCAGAAGUUACUUCGAGUAGUAGCGGCGGCGGCAGUAAUCAAGAAGUUGUUACCAACGGUGUUGCUGAUGAAUCUGCAGCUGAGACAAAUGGAGAGAAGUCAAAAGAUAAUGAGGCCUCAGUUCCAGGGAAAUCUACAGAUGAAUGUGAUGAAGUCUCUAGCUCAUCUGUUAAUGGAGAAAAUGCUGAAAGUGUUUCCAGUUCCGAGAGGUUAUCAGCUAAGAGGGCUGUCGCAAAAAUGUUUAGGUCUCUCUUGACAACGACCAAUGAUGGUGAUGAUAGUGAUUCUGAUGAUAAUGAUGAAAGUUUCAAUGCCACGGCAGACACUUCAACCCACCAGUCAAGUGAUGAGGAUGAAACAGAAAAUGGUGAAGAAGAUUUAGGAGAAGAUGAUACUGAGGACGACGAAGAGGAGGAGGAUGUGGAGGAAGAGGAAGAAGACGCUGAAGAUGAACAAGAAGAAGAUGAUCUAACGGAGACUUCAUUGAAAGAAACAGAGGAGGUACCAGGAAACGAUUCAGGAUGUACUGCUGUAGUUUCUUUGAUCACAAGAGAACGUGUAAUAGUGGCCAAUGCUGGUGACUCUCGUGCUGUACUUAGUAGAAAAGGUGAAGCGGUCGAUCUUUCAGUUGAUCAUAAGCCGGAAGACCCAAUUGAGUUGAAAAGGAUAACUGGAGCUGGUGGAAAAGUUACUGCCGACGGCAGGGUCAAUGGAGGACUUAAUUUGUCCAGAGCUUUAGGUGAUCACAUGUACAAGAAACGAUCUGAUCUUUCACCUGCUGAGCAGAUGAUCACUGCUCUUCCUGAUGUCAAAGCUGUCGAUUUACGAGAAGGGGAAGAUGAAUUUAUUGUGCUUGCUUGCGAUGGUAUAUGGAAUUCUAUGUCGAGCCAGGAAGUUGUCGAUUUUGUGAGACCACUUAUUGCUAAAGGAGAAACUCUAUCUUCAAUUUGUGAAAAGCUCUUCGAGAACUGUCUAGCAGAAGACACACUUGGCGAUGGGACUGGGUGUGAUAAUAUGACUUGUGUUAUUGUUAAGUUGUUUUCAAGUGACAAAGUAUCCUCCAAAAGAAAAUGUGAGGAUACAGAUAGCCCAUCAGAAGAGACUAAAAGAACGAAAGUAGACAUUGAAUGUGGAAAUGCAUAAACAGUCGUUAAUGUUUAUAUAUUCUUCAUAUUUAAACAUAAUUAUCCCAUUUUAAUUUUUAACAGAAAGCUCUUACCAGCUUAAAAGCUGAUAAUGUCCAUCUAAAAUCUUGAUACAAUAGGUUCUCCACAAUUAGAUAACGGUCCAAUGGCGAACUUGUGCAUUGUUAAGUUGAAAUUAAUCUCUUUUUUUUCUUACCUUCAGGUUUAAUUUACAGAUAUAUACACCUGUUACAAAAUGAUAAUGUAAUAUAUGCAUAUAUUUUGUAAAUUAAAUAGGAGGAUAAGGAAAAACCAAACUUUGUUUUCAACUCACGAAUUUGUUAACUUGAGUUCACCUUCGUUCUGUCAUAUAAUUGCGGAAGAGCUGUAGUAAUAUUUUUCAUCAAGCCCAACUGAUGAUAUAAAAAAAAAAAAAUACACUGAUGCUGUCUGAUAUAUUUCCAAUUUAAUAAUAGGCAUGGACAUAAGUUCCAUUUUUAUAGAAUUAUUAAAUUAUUUUCCUUUGUAGAAUAUUGUCAUUUGAAUUUGUAUUAAGUGGCUACUUUGUAAAUAAUCUUCAGCCUUUUUUUUCUUAAGGGGAUUUUUACAAUGUAAUUUUUUAUCUUUUUUUUUUUCAAGAUACAACAGAGAAUGUUCAAAAUGUUCCUAUCGGAUUAAGUCUUGGCAAGUUUUAAUUUUGUGAUUGCCUGUUGCGUAGAGAAUAAAAUUCCCUCCCUUUUCUUUAAGUAGUGAUUGUAAAUUAUAGUAUUUUGUAUAUUUAUGUGGUAUGCUGAUACAGUGGUUUUAUGAAUGAUUUUUUUUCUCCUUUUUUUUUUUUUUUUUACUUAAUUUAUAUAUUUCUCUUCGAGUUUUUGAAGCAUUGUAAGUUCUACAGAUAAAAAAAAAAAGUAAAAAUAAAUAAGAUCUCUGCUUAUAUAUAUAUACUGUUUCUAAAAAUAUAUCUUAAGCGAGUAGUUUAUUACAUAACUCAAUAAAAAAAAAAAAAAUUGUCAAUAGUGCCAGUUAAGAUAAACUUAGUGAUGAAGAUGUUUAGUCACAUAAAUUAAGAAUUUAACUCACAGGUCAAGUUUUUAAUAAAUAAAAAAAUUAACUAAUAUAUUUAACCCAUUCCAUGCUUACCAAACACAAUCUUUCUGUAUAAAUAAUUAAUUAUCAAGUAGCUGAAUGAGACUCUUGGUGAGAGUCAUGUUUAAACUAUUAAAUAUUGGUUGAAAAAAUUAAGUGAAAUAUUUCAUUUGAUUUUGAAAAAUUCAAUAUCACUUUUUUUUUUUUUUUAUGGUUGAAAACCAACUAGUUCUUUGUUAUAACAAUAAAGGAUGUAGCCUCGAGUUGAUAAUUUUUUAAUAAUUUGAUUGACUCUUAAUUUUUUUUGUUACUAUAUGAACCGGUUGUUCUUAAAGAAUUAACUUUCAACAAAAUAAAUAAUAUAGAUAUGUAUAGAAUGGGUUAAAAUUAUUGAUGCUUUCCUUAACUGUGAAAAUUAUUUGAUAAGUAGUUUUAAAAACAAUAAAAUGUCUAAAAAAUUUUUUACGUUAUUUUUACAUUAAAAUGAUUAGAUGUAGAUGAAUAAAUGAUGUGCAUUUAUCUGAUUAAUAUAGUUAAGGGCACAAACUUUGUACCUGAUAAUCAAAUGUGCAGGGCAUUAUAGCCAGCCUACAUUAUUUUAUUAUUAUUUUCACACUUAAUGGCAUGUAACUAACUGUCCAAUUUACAUUAUUUAAUUUUUAAUAAUUUGGAUUUUGUUUAGUAAACUUUUUAAGAAAUUUUAAUUGUGAUCGUUUCCUUUUAUAAAAUAUAUCUUAAGACUAAAUUAUGAAAUGAAAUUCCAAUCGAUUGUAAAUAUAUGGAUAAAUUUCUAAUACAUGUAAUUCAAUAUUAGAUAAUUAUUUUUGUAUAUGAAAUAAAAGUUACUGUGAACAUGCCAAUUUAACUGAUUAUUCAUUUCAU